GCCCAGGUCAGGAGCUGACACUGCCAGUGAGCGGGAGACGCCACUGCACAACCGGUCCUGGGCCUGCACCAUCAGCCGGUUCUUACCCUCCCUUUUGCAUCCUGGAAACUACUCUUUCACUCUCCUGCCAGUAUCCACAACCAGCAGCUACGAUUUGUCCCUGUAAGGUUUGCCUAAAAACCGACACGCUGACGCCCUUGAUCACCAGCAAAAUCAGCCAAAAACCACAAUCUAGUCAACACGAUCAGCAGCAUCAUAAUCGCCACCAGCAGCAACAGUAAGCAUGUCCAGUCGCAGAAAGUCCUCCACUCCAUGCAUGUUUCGGGUCAUCAGUGACCUGCCUGAUGAUCAAGAUAACUCGGAGGAUGUGAUGGACAUUGAAAAACUGCCCUGUAACAUUACGACUCAAAAAAAAGACUCUGAAUUACCUGAGUCCACAGAAAAAAAGCAAGACCCACAACAGGAUAAUGUAGAAAAUACAGACCAGCAGACAAUGUUAAAACCGGCAAAAACACAGCAUAUUGAGCCAUUAGUACAAAAGGAGCUUUCUGAUCAACCUCAUGUCAUUGAAAAUGUUGAAUCCAGAGGAUUGAGCAACAAGAAAGUAACAGAAUCCGAACAAGUAUCACAGAAAAAACAACAAAGAGGCUAUGAGUGCAAAUAUUGCCCCUUUUUGUCACAGAAUCUGAAUGACUUUAAGGAACACGUGGACUCCAGCCACCCUAACGUCAUUCUAAAUCCAUUGUACAUCUGUGCUGUGUGUAAUUUCAACACCAAGAAGUUUGACUCACUCACAGAGCACAAUGAGAGCCGGCAUCCAGGUGAGACGAACUUUAAGUUCAAAAGGAUAAAAAGUAACAAUCAGACUAUCUUGGAACAGACAAUCGAAGGCAAAGACAAUUCAGUUGAAUGCGAAAUGACAAAUGAACAAGGUGAAGGCCACAGCAUCUCCGUGUUUCCACCUUACAUAUCAACCACGGUGAAAAGCCCAGGUAUUAUACCGUCGCUCUAUAGAGGGACAGAACUUACAAACCAGCUGGAUAGCUUGAUCCCUAAGGAUCAAAUCACAGCUGUGAACAUCAAUGGAACAGUCAUCAUCCCUGAACCCACCAUCAUCCAAGGGCUCUCCCAUGUCUCCCCAAUGCUCCAGCGCCCACCCAACUUUAACUCUGUACCAAAAAUAGCUGUUCCUUUGAACACUACCAAAUAUAACCCUUCCUUAGAUGACAACUUGACACUGAUUGCCUCCUUUAAUAAGUUUCCUUACCCAACACAUGCUGAGCUGUCAUGGCUUACAGCUGCCUCCAAACACCCAGAGGAACAAAUCAAAGUAUGGUUCACCACCCAACGACUGAAGCAAGGCAUCACCUGGUCUCCAGAAGAGGUGGAGGAGGCCAGGAAGAAAAUGUUCAAUGGUUCUAUUCCUCCUUCCCAUCACACAUUUACCAGUUCCAUAUCUCUGUCCUCUUCCAAAGCCUCCAAGCAGCCAGUUGUCCACACAACAAUUGAGCAUCCAGGUCAAGUCCGGACAACUGCAUCUAAUGUCUUAAGUAUUGUCACUACAACAAAUUCUAUUUCAGGAGUCUCAACUGGUACCGCCCACACCCUGAAAAGAUCCCUGCCAGCACACCUAGCAUCAGCGUUUGGUCCAGAAUCAAAGCGACCCAUUAUGGCAGUCGCUCCCCAUUCUGGCGACCCUAAAGACAAAGUCCUAAUGGCUCCUCCACCACCACCUCCCCCACAGAAAGACCGUAUGCCAAUGGCACCACCUUCAAUUCCCAUGGAGAUCAAACGACCCGUAGCAGCUUCUCUGGUAAAUGCAGAAGCAAAGAGGCCAUCUCUUGCUGUGCCUUUAAUGCCACCACCAUCAUUAUCAUUAUCGCAAACUUUGUCAUCCAAAGGGAAAAUUCUCUCUGCAAUAGGAAACUCUAAGACAAAGCCAUUGAUCUCAAUGCCCUCCAUGGUGUUUCCAGAGUCCUUAACAAGGCCAAUGAUAGCUCCACCACCUAUAUGUGCCCCUCCAUUUAAAAACUCUUUAUUUUUCCCUCGUACUUCGACCAUCAGUUCCAAAGAAAAGCAUACUAAUACCCACACAUUGCCAGCUCCUGAUUUAAAUCAACCAAAUUCUCCUCCACCCAAUAACACUCACAUUAAGCGGCCAACCAUUAUACAGUCUGUUCGCACUCCAUCUAAAGCCCCUUCCCAAAUUCAGGGAUUCCCUCUGAACGGCAAAACACUAAAGGAACAGCAAGGUUUGGAGCUGAAAAACAGUUACCCUAGAGGGGAUAAGGUCAUCAGCCCUUUGGCAGAAGCUAAUGGGACAUCACGUAUAGACAGUAAGUGGUCCCAGGAUCAGGUGUUCCCUGCUCACAACAAUGGAAUUAUACAUUUAGAUGGUGAAGAGACACCAACAGCCCGAAAACAAGAUUUUCAGCAAAAAUCCUCGGUCUUGACUCAAUUUCCUUUGCUAGAGAGGAUGAAAGGAAAAACAGCAAAACAACUGAAGAUCUUAGAGGAGAAUUUUUUGCGGAACAGUUUUCCUACGCAUAGCGACGUGAACAAUCUAGCGGCCACUACUGGCCUGUCUCAUCAUGAAAUCGACAGCUGGUUUGUGGAGCGACGUGCACUACGUGACAACUUGGAACAAGCCCUUCUCAACUCCAUGGGCACCAAAAAGACAGGAAUUUGUGAUUUUGCUGGCAUGACUGAGAAACAAUUACAUCAGCAGCAUCAAACCCUCCACUUGAAUGGCAUUCACAAAACAAGCACUAAUGUGGGCAAUCUCAAAAGCUCUCCUCCACCUCUGCAUGCCCUCUCCCUUAAUGUUCCCAGCACUAAUGCAACGCCUAACCCUAACCCAAAUUCUUUCUCAGUGCCUCCAGACAGCCGAUCACUGGCACUCCUCAAGGACGAUUUUGCUCAAACGCGGUGGCCUUCCCCUGAGGAGUUCAGCCAGCUGGACGGUCGGACAGGACUUGCUCGAUCCGAAUUCGCCCGCUGGUUCACAAACACUCGGCUGCAGAGCUGUGGCAUGGAACUGAAAGAACUUUUUUACAACAAUGGGAUGAAUGGAGGGCAGGGGCAGCUGGUGUAUUCCCCUGAGAGCACUCCACCCAACCUCAUCCAGCGUUGUCAGGACGGAGCCGUUACAAACAAGAGUAAGGUGCUGGAGGUUGAGCUGGACUGGCUGAUGGACCAGCGUUCAAACAGCCUCAACAGUCAACAACACACUGAGCUCCAAAACCGGUUUGCUGGCAGACUGAGGCAGCAGAGUGUGGCGGACAUGAAGAACGGGACGCAGAACGGCGGAGUCCUGGGAGGGGCGCGGGAAGUGUUCGGGAGCUGGCUGGAGGAUGGACCUUUGAGGAGAGGACGGGAGCUGCUCCUGGACAGAGAGAGGAAGAUGGCGGAGGACGCAUCUGGGCGGCUUACAGGAUAAACGGUGCGAAUAGGAUUUCACCGCCACCAAUGCUGCUGGAAACAUAAAGGAGGAAAGAA